GGAGGCGGCCGUGGAGUUGUGCGCGGCGGAAGGGGACGCGGGGCGCGCUCGGGUGCGCAGAAGAAACGCUUUCUCCGCUACCUCGGCUCCCGGCACGUUUGGGACCCACGAGGCCGCCGCAUCCUGCUUUGGAACAAUGGGACUCGGCGCGCGAGGUGUUCGGGCCGCGCUGCUCCUGGGGGUGCUGCAGGUGCUGGCGCUGCCGGGGGCCGCCGCGGACAGCUCAGCUCCGGCGGAGUCUCCCAAUGUGCUUCUGCAGAACUCCAGUGCUAACUCCCUAGCAGAUAGUAUGCAUAACAACUAUACAUCUGAAUCUAACAGCAGCACCACUGUGAAACCAUCACCAACUUCAGUUUCCUUGGCCUCAAAAAAUGUGACAUAUGUCACCAUCAAACCAGUAAUGACUUCUAAAAUGGCAACACCAGGGUUCUCAACAAAUACGACUUCCACUACUUUAAAGUCAACAUCCAAAGCAACAAGUGUUUCACAGAACGUAUCCCAGAUGUCAACAUCUAUGACAACCACAACUCAAAAUAGUUUAGCGACAUCAUUAACAAUCACAGCAACCAUUCAUUUUAAUGAAAAAUCAAAAUUUGACACUGGCAGCUUUGUUGGUGGUAUUGUGUUAACACUGGGCGUUUUAUCUGUUCUUUACAUUGGUUGCAAAAUCUAUUAUUCAAGAAGAGGCAUCCGAUAUAGAACAAUUGAUGAACAUGAUGCCAUCAUUUAAGGAAAUACAAGGACCAAGGAAAGAAGAAACAUUGAUACAGCCCUGUUCACUUUGGUUUUACUACUUUAAAACAAUGCUCUCUUGAAAAUAAGAAAAAAGCAUAAUUGGACCACCAUGCAUAUAAUACAAAACCUGUUACAUAAAUGUGCAUAGAUUUUUUUUCAUCAUUGCUAUAGGUAAAAAGGGCUUGGUUAGGUAUUUAAAUAUUUGGAGCUUAUAGAUAAUUUAUACAGUGAUCAUACUCAAUUUUAGCAAAUACAUAGUAAGACAAGACCUAUCUCAUUUUUUGUGGCAUUGGUUCCAUGGGACCAGUAAUUGAAAGACAAUAUCACCAAAGGGCAGGCUGCCAUCUGGGUGCACAAAUAAGGAGAUUGUCACAACACAAAGAACUUCAGUGCUUUUCUGGAGCUGGAUAUAUCCUAAUUACUGAUGCCACACAGCAGAAAUUACACAAUUGAGUAAACCAGGUCUGAAACAUAAUUUAAGAAAGCAUCAACAUUUGUUUUAUAGUAGUUAGUCUAGAAACAAUACAUACUCCCCCAAAAUAAAAUCUUCAACUAAAA